UCAUCUUCAUAUUGAGAUUAAUUGUCAUCAUGUUAAUAAUUACCAUUGAAUUCCAAACUGCUUCAGCUUCAAACCUGACUCACCAACAGCCAUGCUUGCCGCUGGAGUUUGUUUCUUCCCCACCGUUUCCUCCUCUCUCUUCCACCACGUGCCACUGUCUAAGGCCAUGAAAGUGAAGUCCGGUGGAAUCAUGAGCAUAGUCCCGCGGUUCGCCAUGUCUACUGAACGAGUUCCGGUGAAGGAGGAGAAGCAGAGACGGAGCGGUUGGAAGGAAUACUUUGAGCAAGCGAAAGAGUUGAUCGAAACAGACGAUGGACCUCCGCGGUGGUUUUCGCCGUUGGAGUGCAGUUCACAGUGGGAUAAUUCUCCUCUCAUGCUCUUCUUGCCUGGGAUUGAUGGAGUGGGACUGGCACUUAUUUCUCAUCAUCACAAACUUGGAAGGAUUUUUGAUUUAUGGUGCUUGCAUAUUCCUGUAGCGGAUCGAACACCAUUUACAGACCUUGUGAAAUUAGUUGAGAAAACAGUUAGGUCAGAAUAUAAACGUUCACCAAAUAGGCCCAUAUAUCUUAUUGGAGAAUCUUUAGGAGGGUGCCUCGCGCUGGCAGUUGCGGCUCGUAACCGUGAUAUUGAUCUUGUACUAAUCUUGGCAAACCCAGCUACUUCAUUCAGCAGGUCCCUGAUGCAACUUCUAUCACCAUUGUUGGAUGCUUUGCCUGACUCAUUCUCUCCUGCCCUGCCUAACAUUCUCAGUUUGACAGCAGGUGACCCUCUGAGAAUGGUGUUGGACAACGCUGUGAAAGGACUUCCUUUACUAAAUGCAGCAGGAGAACCGAUAGAGGAUUUUACCACUUUCUCAUCAUCUCUUCCUGUUCUUGCAGACAUAUUACCAAAAGAAACACUUUUGUGGAAACUAAAGAUGCUUAAAUCUGCUUCAGCGUAUGCUAAUUCAGGCCUACAUGCUAUCAAAGCUCAGACUUUGAUACUUUGCAGUGGAAAUGAUCGGUUACUACCUAGCCAACAGGAAGGUGAACGACUACGUCAGUUACUUCCUAGCUGUGAACUCCGUAAAUUUGAUAACAGUGGCCAUUUCUUAUUCCUGGAAGGAAGUAUUGACCUACUAACGGUAAUCAAGGGAACUUCUUACUACCGGCGUGGCAAGUAUCAUGAUUAUGCUUCGGAUUUCAUACCGCCGACACCAGAUGAAGCCAAGAAAAUAAUAGAAUCAUAUUCAUACAGUUUAUUUAACAUCGUCACCGGCUCUGUAAUGCUUUCAACUUUGGAGGAUGGAAAGAUUGUAAAGGGCCUUGCUGGAAUUCCCUCAGAGGGGCCAGUUUUGUUAGUUGGGAACCACAUGCUUCUAGCAUUGGACGUAGCUCCCUUUAUUAUUAGAUUUUUUACAGAACGAGAUAUCCUUGUUCGAGGAACGGCACAUCCCAUGUUUUUCAAGAGACAGAAAAGUGGAAGAUUGCCAGAAGUAUCUUCUUUUGACUCAUUAAGAGUUAUGGGUGCUUAUCCUGUAGGAGUAUCUAACCUCUUCAAUCUUUUAGCUUCCAAGUCACAUGUCCUAUUAUAUCCUGGAGGAUUACGCGAGGGAUUUCAUAGGAAGGGUGAAGAGUACAAGUUAUUCUGGCCUGAACAAUCUGAGUUUGUCAGGAUGGCUGCCAGAUUUGGAGCCAAAAUCGUACCUUUUGGUUCUGUUGGAGAAGAUGAUCUUGGCCAAGUUGUGAUUGAUUAUGAUGACUUGGUGAAGAUUCCUUACUUUAGGUCUGAAAUAGAAAGCCUUACAAAUGAGGUUCCACAGUUGAGGGCUGAUGUUGACGGUGAGGUGGCAAAUCAACAAGUGUAUCUGCCUGGAAUUUUGCCCAAAGUUCCGGGCCGGUUCUACUAUUAUUUUGGAAAACCAAUUGAAACAGAAGGAAGGAAACAGGAACUUAAGGACAAGAAGAAGUCUCAAGAAUUAUAUUUUGAAGUGAAAGCCGAGGUUGAAAGAUGUAUCGCAUAUUUGAAGGAGAAACGAGAAAGUGACCCCUACAGAAGCAUAUUGUCUCGGUUAUCAUACCAAGCUGCACAUGGUCCUACGUCUGACAUUCCAACAUUUGAAAUAUGAUUGUUCUGCACAUAACAUGACAAGUUCUAAAUUUUCCAGAAAAUUUAGAUAAUAGAGGCAAACCAUGUAAAUUUUCAAUAGUUUCAGGCAUUGUUUUCUGGCCAGAAGGCAUGAUUUCUCUAAGAAUGUUGGACCAUUAUGCAAUUUGUCUAGUUUAAAUCAAUAAAGUGGCAAAAGCACAUAAAAGUGAUAGGAAAAAACAAAACUACCCUAGUUGUAUGUAUAUUGUCAUUUGUGACUCUUGGAUCAUGGCAACUUGAACAAUGUACAGUGGGAGGGAGGGAUCAAUGUAUCAUUCUAAACAGCACUUGCCUCCUCAUGUGUUAAGGCAUAAAAUGAUAGAUUCAAGAUUGAGCACUGUUGAUUCUUGUCUAUUUUUUUUA